AUGAGCAAUGAUAGAAACAAUCAAGAGUCUACUGAGAGAGGUUUGUUUUCACAUAUAACAGGCUAUCAAACAGCACCAUCCUAUCCUCCACCGCAUGGUUCCUAUUCCUGUCCACCUCAAGGGGGCUAUUAUCCACCACAACCAGCAUAUCCACCACAAGGAAGCUACUAUCCUCCACAAUACCCUCCCCAUGCAGCAGUAGGGUAUCCACCUUCUGGUUAUCCUCAUUCAGGUUAUCAUCAACCAUCUUAUCAUGCUCCACACGCGUAUCCGUCUGCGUAUCCUUCAGGACGUGGAGCCGGUAUAGGAUUGUUCGCAGGUUUGGCGACUGCAUAUGGUGCUCACCAUAUGUCAUAUGGACAUGGAGGUUAUCAUCAUGGUUAUGGACAUGGGAAGUACAAACAUGGAAAAUUUGGCAAACAUGGGAAGUAUGGUAGGCAUGGUUUUGGCAAGUUUAAGCAUGGAAAAUUUGGCAAGCGAUGGAAGUGA